AUGAUUCCCCGCGCGACUAUGGAUUUGACCGGGAAGAAGCCCCUCUAUCGGCUUUCUUCAGCCUCCGUGCCCUUUCCUAAUUACACCCAACCUCGCUAUGGAGCGGCCUCCGCCCCUGCGGGUGGCACGCAAAGCCCCCAGACUCCCAACCCGAUGCCCAUGACACAAACACCCACUCGUCCUAUGGUACCGCAGCAAAGCCCUUUUCAAUCCUCUCACCCGCAACCGAACCAGGCCCAAUCCCCGCAGGUCCUCACCCCAUACAAGGAGAAUGGCGAGGGGUCGGAGUUCGUCGACGGGAACCCACAUGUUGCUAGGCGUCGGGGGAGGAUGCUGUUCGACCAUGAACUGAUCAUACUCUUCAAGGGCUGUGUCGAGCGCAAGGACAUGUACUUGAACGAUCCCAACCGGGGGCUGUUCUGGGACAACGUGGCCGCGUAUAUGAACCAGCUAACCGGUCGGAACUUCUCGUCGUCGUCCUAUCAGCAGAUCGUGACGGACCGGAGCAUUGAGCGUCGGAAGCGUCGCCGCGAUGUUGCCAACGGGAAAGGCAAGGCGGAGCCCACCAGCGCCCUGACUGCCGCAAUCGAUCAAUGGAUUGCCAUGGAAGACCAGCUCCUGAGGAUGCAGACAAACGAGAAUACGCCCAACAUGCAGAAACGGCCUGCCUCGGAUAUCCCCAAUAUGCAAGAUGCCGACCGGCUCAAACGGCCCAGACAGCAGUCGACGGCUGGUCCCCUCAUAAACCCGUCCGUGACGCAUUACGAGGUCAAUACCAACGAUAUCACGCAAGCGCUGGCGCAAGAGGUACGGGAUUUACGACGGGAGAUGGGAGAGAUGCACCGGAAAAUGGAUCUGGCUUUGCAGGCUCUCAAGGAGUUGAAAGACAAAUAA